AUGCCCAGCCAUCUAGUUGCCAGCUGCCUUCUACUGGCUUUGGGUCUGAACAUGAGCCUGGCGGCGAUUCACAAGCGCAGUGGCGCCAAUUCACUGGAAGUGGAUCCCGAGGCCAAGCCUGGGGCGAGUCCUGCGGCCAGUGUGGAGAACACGGAUCUGUUGGACAAGCUGAGCUGGAAGUGCGCAAACAAUGCGAGUUGCCUGUACGGGGUGACCAAUAGUCUCAUGGCCUCCUACCGUCGUGGUGAAACCCUCAAGCUGGGUUUGUUCGACCUAGUCAAGUUGCCCGAACUUGAUGCUUCCCGAAAGAACAAGUGGGGCACUGGGCGCGGUCUCUCCAGCUUUAUGGACUUUGUCACGGGAAACGCCAUCAGGGUGCCCGUGGGGCCCAUGGUCUUUAGUGUUCAGAGAGCCGAGGACGAUAGCGAUUAUAUCGAGGUGGCACUGCUGAAAAAGGCCUCCAGCAGCACAGGCCGCCUGCAGGGCAAUGGAGGAGGAGUACUGGGCGGCGGUGGUGGUCUGGGAGGAAACGGCGGCGGGGGAGGAGGUCUGCUGGGCGGCGGAGGUGGUGACAAUGGCGGCGGAGGCGGACUUUUGGGCGGACGGAGGCGUCACCAGCACCAGGACAAGAAGCAGUUCCAGAUGUUCAUACCCAUGUACCUGGCGGCCACAACAUUUGGGUGGACGAUGGUGGCAGCAAAGGCGGUGGGACUGCUGACUCUUAAGGCUCUGAUCCUGUCCAAAAUUGCCUUCGUGGUAGCCGCAAUAGUGUUGAUCAAGAAGCUCAUGGACAAUGCCAGCGAAAAGAUGAUGUACCAGUUCCCGGAGCAGACACCUUACAUGAUGCCGUACGGCAUGGAUUACCCGCUGCAUGGCGCGGAAAUGUCGCCGGAAAUGUACCCGGCCUCGCUGCAUCACCUUGCGAUGGCCGGAGGCGGCCAGCUGCCAGGACAUCCCGGACAUCCGGGACUGGAAAGCCUGAGCGCCGAGAGCCACCUGCACUCCGCCCAGGUGUCCAGCGAUGGCAGCAACAACACACAGGUGCUGGCCGCCUUGGGCGGUCUCGGCGGACUUGGACACAAGAUCAAGCGUGAGGACUCCUGGAUGGCGAAGAGUAAGUCCACUCCAGCACGGCGACCCCUGAUCUACAACUACGUGCAACCCCACAUGCCGUACUACCGUUCCUGAGGCGAGGAUUAGCCAAUUACCAGCUACCAAAGAC